CUAGGUUGGCCUCUUAUCCCUCUUCCUGCUGCUGCUUGUCACUCCCUGGGGCAAUGGGUGAGAUCGCUGCUGGAACAGAAGUGAUUCUUAGGUAUUCUUUCAUCCUUCCUACAGGAUACCCCCCAAGAGCACCUGAAGGUGCCCCUGAGGGCCUUGCCCUCUGGCCAGGUGGUGAGGCUUGUCUUCCCUACGUCCCAGGUACUUGAUCACCCGGAGGAAGAAUGCCAGAAGCAUAGGCAGGGCUGGGCCCCAUGCCUUAUAGGGGGCCUGUGGUGGUAGGAGCUUUAGUCUUAGGGCCAUGCCCUGCACAAGUGCUGAGCCAGGUUCUGAGGAGAGGGGGUCCUCUGAACAGAGCUGCCUUGAAGCCUCAGACCUUGUCCCUGUGGAGAUGGCCGGAGGCCCGAGGGAGCAUGGGAGCAUCAUAGGGUGUGGCUCAGGCCAGGAUGAGAGGAACAUGGUGGCCAACUUUUGUGACUGAAGUGUUCAUGGUUUUUAGGAACCCCUGAUGAGGGUGGAGCUGAGAAAAGAAGACGGGUGAGAGCUGGCUAGUCCGGGGGAGAGGGCGUGGGGGAGAGCAGGCAGGCACCUGCACUUGAACUUGAGGCACAGAGAGGGCCAGGAAGCCACAAGAGAGAAAUCAUGCUCCCUUUGGGUGGUGGCGAUUGUGGGUGGACCGUAGCUAAUAAUCUUCAUGAGACAAGAGAAGUCACCCACCCUGGCCCUUCUUCACAUGCCUGGAAGACUAGCCACGAAGAGGUGGGAACACUGUUUCUUGUCUCCGCUGGAGUCAUUUUUGGGUGGUAAUGGAGAGAAGCUGAGAGGUGGAAGUAGAUCUAUGGUGGUGGGUCCCACCCGGGGGCCUUUUUAGGCACCAGCAUUUAUAGUCGUGGGAAUCCAUUUUCUUGCAUUCCCCAAGUGUCCCCACCUGGGUCUAGGUGCACCUUCUCUCCAUCAUACCCACACAUGUCACGCUUCUGUCCAGACAUGGGCAGGAGUGUGGUUUGGGGAGAGGAGAGAGAGAUUGAGAAGUGGGCUUCUCAGGUGAGGCAGACCCGGCUUCCUUUUCUGUAAUGAGGCCGGGAGCUGCCUGAUGGUUCCUUCCUUCCCACCCAGACCCAGGGAGCUGGCUGUGCGGCUAGGCUGCGGCCCCUGUGCUGAGGAGCAGGCCUUUCUGAGCAAGAGGAAGCAGGUGGUGGCCAAGGCCCUGAAGCAGGUCCUGCAACUGGAUGAAGAGUUACAGGAAGAUGAGAUCCCUGUGGUAGCUGUUAUGGCCACUGGUGGUGGGAUCCGGGCGAUGGUUUCCCUGUAUGGGCAUCUGGCUGGCCUGAAGGAGCUGGGUCUCUUGGAUUGCAUCUCCUACAUCACAGGGGCCUCUGGCUCUACCUGGGCUUUGGCCAACCUCUACGAGGACCCAGAAUGGUCUCAGAAGGACCUGGCAGGGCCCACCGAGUCACUGAAAACACAGGUGACCAAGAGCAAGUUGGGCGUGCUUGCUCCCAGCCAGCUGCAGCAGUACCGGCAGGAGCUGGCCGAGCGUGCCCGCCUGGGCCACCCGCCCUGCUUCACCAACCUGUGGGCCCUCAUUAGUGAGGCCCUGCUGCACGAUGAGCCCCAUGACCAUACUCUCUCAGACCAGAGACAGGCCCUGAGUCAAGGCCAGAACCCUCUGCCCAUUUACUGUGCUCUUAACAGCAAGGAGAAGAACCUGACCACCUUUGAAUUUGCUGAGUGGUGUGAGUUCUCCCCCUAUGAGGUUGGCUUUCCCAAGUACGGUGCCUUCAUCCCCUCCGAGCUCUUUGGCUCUGAGUUCUUCAUGGGGCGCCUGACCAAGCGGCUUCCUGAGUCCCGAAUCUGCUUCCUGAAAGGUAUCUGGAGCAAUCUGUAUGCAGCCAGCCUCCAGGACAGCUUAUACUGGGCCUCAGAGCCCAGCCAGUUCUGGGACCGCUGGGCACAGGAUCAGGCCAAUUUGGACAAGGAGCAGGUUCCUCUUCUGAAGAUAGAAGAGCCUCCCACGGGGACCGGCAAGAUUGUUGAGUUUUUUACUGACCUGCUGACACGGCGCCCACUGGCCCAGGCCACACAUAAUUUCCUGCGUGGUCUUCAGUUCCACAAAGACUAUUUCCAACAGCCUUACUUCUCCACCUGGAAAGCCACCAAACUGGAUGGGCACCCCAACCAGCUGACACCUGCAGAGCCCCAUCUUUGCCUGCUGGAUGUUGGCUACCUUAUCAACACCAGUUUCCCGCCCCUUCUGCGGCCCACACGGGAUGUGGACCUCAUCCUGUCACUGGAUUACAACCUCCAAGGAGCCUUUCAGCAACUGCAGCUCCUGGGCCGGCUCUGCCAGGAGCAGGGCAUCCCUUUCCCGCCCAUCUCCCCCAGCCCAGAGGAGCAGCGCCAGCCUCCGGAGUGCUGCUUGUUUUCUGAUCCAGACCGCCCUGAUGCCCCAGCAGUGCUGCACUUCCCUCUGGUCGAUGCCUCCUUCCGGGAGUACUCGGCCCCUGGCAUCCAACGGACACCUGAGGAGAAGGGGGCCGGAGAGGUGAACCUGUCUUCAUCCAACUCUCCCUACCACUACUCGAAAUUGACCUACAGCCCGGAGGACAUGGACAAGCUGCUCCACCUGACACAUUACAACAUCUGCAACAACCAGGAACAGCUGCUGGAGGCCCUGCGUGGAGCUGUGCAACGGAAGCGCCGGCAGCACCGGCCGUAGUGAUGACGCUGCCCCGGCCGGGACUCCCCACUCCCCUCCCGACACUUUGUCAGACUCACUCCCUGUCCAUCUGGGUGAGUCGGGCAGAGACCGUCAUCACCAACGGUUCCAGAGCCUCCGCAGCCUGGAUGGCCCCCUCGCGCUCUGAGGGGCUCUGCCAAGAUAUGUGCCUGGCCCUACCCAGAUAGGGCCCUGCAGCCACCAGCACCCUCUCCACGUACUUGCAGGUAGGUUGAGGGUUUUAAAAGGGCUGAGAGCCCUGUCUCCUCAGCUGGAGGAGGUUUCCUCUUCAAGGAGAACAUUCAGAGGUGGCCGGAGGUAGACCUGGGGGGCCGUUACUGACCAUAUUUGCAAAAGUGUUCAAAGCUAUGUGACCCUUUCCCUUGCUACUUUGAAUAGUUGUACAGAGUGAAAUAGAGCGGUUUAUGUAUCACAGAGGAUCAUACAAUGUGAGAUGUUAAUGGGUUAUCUGUCAUUGCUGCCAAGAAGAGACAGGUCAUUCCAUGCUCCUGGUUGCACAUAGCAAGGACUGGUUUGAACAUCUCCCCAGGGGUACCUCACCGAGCUAGAUAGCAGGUCAGUCCAAACCUCCCCUGAAGAGAAGGCCAUGUCUGCCACGCUCUCCAAGCAGGGAGGUGGCCAGUUUGGCCUGGGCAGG